AUGAUGGGCAAGACUGUGGCUGCUAUUCUUGCUCUGCUCCUGAUCUCAGCAGUGGGAACACAAGGCAAGGCCGUGCCACGCUCAGCCAUCGAACUCCGGUGCCAGUGCGUGGGCACCCAUUCCCGCUUCAUCCAUCCCAAGUUCAUCCAAAACGUGAACCUCAGCCCAAGUGGGCCUCAUUGCAAAAAUGUGGAAGUCAUAGCUACCCUGACAGAUGGCAGACAAGUGUGCCUGGAGCCCACUGCUCCCUGGGUGAAGGUGAUCAUCAAGGCAAUCCUGGACAAGGCAAACCCCAAACCUGUGGCAGUGUCCUAG